GGGACAAUAAAAUCGAUAGCUUCCCUCCCCAUCCCCCCAGCAAGGCGUUCCCGACAUCUUGAGGUGAGGCUGUUGCUUAUCCACGAUAUUCGACGCCAGGCAAAGUCUCUUUCCUUCCACCUCGUCUGACGGCCUUCAACACGGUUGCUGCCCUGUUUGGAUCUUUCUGUCGUUUUCGCCAAGAACGGACGUUGUUUGCGGAGUGAGAGUGUCGCCUUGUACGACGUUGUAAUCGCGAGAGAAGGAAUUGGUUGCGGUUGGUGCAGGACGACUAAAUCGAAGGAAGGAACACGACAACUUGUGAAGACCUGCAAAAAAGAGGCAACCACGGCCAACAGUCGUUACUUUCUCCGCCUGGCAAAAGCACCUGCUCAGUUCAGCAUUCGCCCUACCUUACUGAGGUGUCCCUCGCCAUUAGUUCGAUAUCUUGCGUCGACACGAGCUACAGCCAAAAACCCUCGAUCCUCAACAUCAUCAACAGACUCUGGGUCAUUUUUCGUUUUUCUUUUUGGCUUUCUUGGGAACCGCAGCACUCAGGCAUCAACAUCCUCACCAUUGUCGCAUCCUCACCCAUUGCAUGUAUUUGCUAGUUGAAGCUUAUCAGAAGGAUUUUCUUGCGAUUACCCCUUCAUCAUGCGAGUCUCCAAGCUCGUCUCGGCAUUAUUGCUUGGCACUGCCGCAGCUCUUGCACCAAUCGAGAUUGUAGGCAGCAAAUUCUUCGACGAGAGCGGCAAGCAAUGGUUCAUGAAAGGCAUCGCAUACCAACUGACACCAGAUGACCCACUGGUUGACACUGAUCAAUGCACCCGCGACGCCAACCUCAUGAAGACGCUGGGUACCAACGCAAUCCGCGUUUACCACGUCGAUUCCAGUGCAAAUCACGACGGGUGCAUGUCUGCUUUUGACAAGGCCGGCAUUUACACCCUCAUCGACUUGGACACCUUUGACUCGUACAUUCUUCCUAAUACUCCCUACUGGAACGAGACGCAGUUCAACGCGUACGCCAAAGUAAUGGACAACUUUGCGAAAUACGAUAAUGUUCUCGGCUUCUUCAUUGGCAAUGAGAUCAUAGCGCUUCCCACUCAGUCCCAGGUCGCUCCUUUCAUGAAGGCUGCUGCACGAGACAUGAAGGCCUACCGCGACAAGAAGGGUUAUCGCAAGAUUCCCGUCGGCUACUCCGCGGCAGACAUCGCUGAGUUGCGGCCCAUGCUCCAAGACUACCUGACCUGUGGCGGAAAGCCAGAGGACAACAUUGACUUUUUUGGACUCAACUCGUACGAGUGGUGCGACCCAAACACGUACGAGACCUCGGGAUACACAAACCUGCAAGCCAUGGCCGAGAAGUUUCCUGUGCCCAUCUUCUUCACGGAAACGGGAUGCAUCACUGGCCAAGGCCCGCGUACAUGGGACGACCAGAACGCCAUCUUCAGCCAGCCCAUGGUUAAUGACUGGAGUGGAGCCAUGGUUUACGAAUGGAUCUACGAGGAGAACCGAUAUGGCAUUGUGUCAUACGGACCCGAAGUCUCCAAGACCAUCACCGCUGACGACGUGUACGAUGGCUUUACCCGCAAGGGCACUCCAACCCCCAGAGCCCCAGAGUUCCAGAAUCUGCAAGCCAAAUGGGCCACCAUCACUCCUUCAGGAGUCGCGAAAUCCAACUACAACCCGACAAGCGUCUCUACCCGCGAUUGUCCUAAAGCCACGGGGGGUUGGUUGGUGGACGGGAACGUCCGUCUGCCUACUCUCGGAGAGACGUUUAAGGGCAGCUUUUCUUCAAGCCCGACAGGAUCAGUGACUUCGGGCUCAAGCACCAGCGCUUCCGCAGCGCCCACACAAUCCGCUGAGUCCUCGGCACCCGAGAGACCUUCGGGAUCUGGCACCAAGCAAAUCGCCGGUAUGGCUGUUGGAUUGGUUGGUGUCAUGAUCUUCUUCACUGUGUGGAUGUAAUUGGUCACGAAAUUUUUCUUCUUCUGUACAUUUUGUGCAUUCACUAUUACGACGGAUUGGAUUAUGGAUUAUACCCCUUUUGCGAAUACACGGAAGCUUCGUAUUGAAGCAGGGCAUUUUUCAAGGCGUUGAUGGCAAGAGGACGAGCGUACGGAGACUCGUUUCUAGACUUGCAAAGGGUUUGGUUAACUUUGCCCCAUGUUUGCUGAGUAAAAAGGGUGGUCUUGCAGGAGAGGAAAUCGUCAACGAGGAUUCCUCGAAAGUCGUUUCCUUGGAGAAGAUGACGAUGGAGAUGGAUUAAUCAAUAAUACCCUGUCAGAGAACAACAUGGAGAGGCCCUCCUAAAAGACAUUGAGUUACGAUGAUGGCAAGAGCCUUUCUGAAUACAAUAGAC